UGUCACUUCUCCAUGACACUUGUAACAUCAUACCAACAUCUAAUGACUAAGAAACCUCCCCUGUCAUGCUAUUCAUUUCAUCCGACCUCUGUUCUUCCCUUAUCAGUUCUUGUGGACCAACCAAGGACUAUAGAUGCUAUCAUUCAGCCUGGACAUGGACCAGGACUGUUGCCACCUCUUGAGCUCCACGUCAGAAACACACGACUACUACACGAGCACCAUAUCCGGACUGACGAUGAUGCCUCGAGUAUGCACCAGUGCCACUGCGAUAAUCAAUGUACAUGUAAUAGAAUCGGGCUAGUCUUUCACCUUGAAUACGAGCCGCUGAAGCUAGUGGCGCCGUUCCAGAAGCUGAUGGCCGCCUCCCAAAGCCAUCUCGUAAGAGGCGUCUCAUCUCACAAAACCAACAAUCCUAAUCAGGGUUCUGUCUCCAGCGCCUUCAAUAGUGCUAUUUCUAAUAUACAGAUGCUUUUUCCACUUACUGUACGAUUAAGUCCGCCUGUUAAUCCCCUUGUACCCCACUAUCGCGACGGAUAUAAUUAA